AUGAAAGCACAAAGUUAUGACUCAACUUUUACCAAAAAAGAAGGAAAUAAAUUUUAUUUUCUUAAUCAAAAAGAACAUUGGAAUGCAGGUGAAAAAGAUGAUAUAGAAUAUAUGAAACAACAUACUACAUAUGAAGUUAUUAAAAGAAGAUGUGAAAAGAAUCCAGAAAAUGAUUUUUUUGGAUAUAGAAAGAGAGAAGGUAAAAAAUAUAUUGGAGAAUAUAUUUGGUUAAAAAAUAAAGAAAUUCUUGAAAUGACUGAUUCACUUGCAAGUGGAAUAAUGAAUAAAUAUCAUCUUAAAAAAGGAGAUUCAUGUGGUAUUAUUAGUGGAAAUAGAUAUGAAUGGUAUCUCACACAAUUUGCUCUUCAAAGACAUGGAAUUAUUCCAGUUCCUUUAUAUACAACUCUUGGUAAAGAAGCUAUUGAUUAUAUUAUUUCAACUUUAUCUAUAACAUUAGUAUUUUGUACAUUUUCUGAUACUGUAGCAGAAAUGUGUGAAAGAAAUCCUAAAAUAACACUUGUAUGUUUUGAUACUUUUGAAGAUAUUAUGAAUCAUAUUAAUCCAAGUAUCUCUUAUGUUACAUUUGAUAAUUUAAUUAAAGAAGGAAAAUCUAAUUUAAUUGAACCUCAAUUACCAACAAUGGAUGAUACGUUUUCAAUAAUUUUUACUUCAGGUACAUCAGGAAUUCCAAAAGGUGCAGUUCAUUCAUUUAAAAGUGCAAGUUAUGGUUCUUGUACAAUAAAUAGUGCAGAAUUAUUUAAAGAUAGUCCAAUGAAAGAACAAACAUAUUUUUCAUAUUUACCAUCAGCACAUGUUCUUGACCAAGAAGUAACUCAUGGCUUUAUUUAUGGUGGUGGUAGAAUUGGUUUUAUUUCAGGAGGAAUUCCAACAUUAAUAGAAGAUUUAAGUAAAUGUCAACCAACAUUUUUUAUUGCAGUUCCUCGAGUUUUACAAAAGAUUUAUGAUAAAUUUAAUGAAACAUAUAAUCAACUUGGAUAUCUUUCACAAACAAUGUUUAAUAUUGGAUAUUAUUAUAAAUUAAAUGCUAUCAAAAAUAAAAGUUGGAAUUAUAUUAAUUGGGAUAAUAUUGUUUUUUAUAAAAUUCAUCAAGUAUUUGGUGGUAAAUUAAAAUAUAUUUUAAAUGGAGGUGCUCCAUUAACUGAAGAAUUAUAUGAAUGGUUAAGAGUAUGUUCUGGUGCUAUUAUUCUUCAAGGAUAUGGAUUAACUGAAACAUUUGGUGGAAUAUGUUGUUCUCUUCCAUAUAUGACAGAUUUAAAUAUAUUAAAUGUUGGUUCAUGUGGUCCAAAUGUAGAAAUAAGAUUAGUAAGUGUACCAGAGAUGAAUUAUACAAUUGAUGAUGAAUAUCCAUCUGGAGAAAUUGAAAUACGAAGUAAACAAAAUUUUAUUUGUUAUUAUAAGAAUGAAGAAGCAACAAAAGCAGCAAUAAAUGAUGAAGGAUUUUUUGCUACUGGAGAUAUUGGAAAAGUGUGUCCUGAUGGUUCUUUAGCUAUUAUUGAUAGAAAAAAGAAUUUGUUUAAAUUAGCACAAGGAGAAUAUAUAGCAGUUGAACCAUUAGAAAAUAAGUAUUGUGCUAUGCCUCUUAUUUCUCAGUGUUUUAUUUAUGGUGAAAGUUCUGAUGUUUUUAUUACUGCAAUAAUUGUUUUAGAUUUUGAUGAACUUAAACGUAUAGCUUCAAGUAUUACUACAGAGUCUGAAAAAGAUUCUUUAUUAAAUAUUCAUUAUUUAAAUAAAAUUGAAAUUAAAAAGAAAAUCCUUCAAAUUAUUCAAAAUUAUAUUAAAACACAGCAUGUCCCUGGAUAUGAAAUUAUUAAAAAUGUUUAUUUUGAAACAGAACAUUUUUCAACAGAAAACGAUUUAAUGACUCCUUCAUUUAAAUUAAAAAGACCUCAACUCAAAAGAAAAUAUUUAACUAUUCUUAAACAACUUAGAACUGAAAUACAAAACAACCUUAUUUAA